CUCUUCCUUCAAACCCGCCACUCGACCCUCGACCCCUCCAACCCUGUCGCAUCCUUGUGUUGGACCUCACUUUGCCCUUUUUCUACUCUCAAGUCCACAUACUAAGUGUUCUUUUUGCGAUUAUCCUCGAAUUUUAUCCGUUUCAUUGUCCGAUUUGGCCACCUCAGACCUUUCUGCUCUUUGCGACGGCCGGUUAGGGGGUUUCAUUCAUCGCUCUCCAACUUGUUACUUCCUAUUGUACCCCUCUGAGUCAUACGUCACCUGAGACUUACGACACCCUACCCCUCACCAUUCACCAUGGCCGACGAUUUGGACGAUGAGCUGCUCCGGCUGGCGGGCGACUCGGGCGAUGAGGAGGCAGCCAGUCCCGAUUCUCCUGCUUCCUACUCCCCAGACGACUCAUCAGCCAUGGCACGUAAAGGUACCGCGAAGUCUGUUCGUCGAGGACGGAAAUCGCGAAAAGAUGAGGAUGGAGAACUGUCCGAUGCCGAGUCUCACAACUCUCUCGACUCUGCCAGCAUGUCGGAAUCAGACGCCGGUGAUUCGGAGGGCUCUGGCCCGGAGGUCGAUGAUGCAGGACCGAUUUUCCCCUACGAUAAACUUUACUAUUCGUCGAAAGACAAAGAGGAGAUUAUGGCGAUGCCCGAAAUCCAACGAGAACAGAUCCUCUCCGAUCGAGCGCAGCAGGUAGAUCGCCACAACCAGGACCUCGCUCUGCGUCGUCUCCUGGCCUCUCGCGAGCGCGAAGAGGCACGCCAGGCGAAGAAGAACAAGCGAAAGGCCGGCGCAGCGGAUCUCGAAGAUGGAAACCGAAAGAGUUCGCGACAAAAGAUGACCCUCGGUGGUCGCAAGGUCGGGGAAACGUCGGCGGCGAUUGACGCCUACAAACGCCAGCGAGAGCAGAAGGGCAAGCGGGAUGAGCUCCGUCGUCGGGAACCCAGUGUCAGAGAAAAGUCGCGAUCGAAGGAGGACAAACUUUCGGAUGACGAUGCCGAAGGGGAGAGCGAAGUGGAAUGGGAUGACCGGGAGCGCUCCCCAACGCCUCCAAAGGACGAUCCGCCGGCUGAACUCAAGGACCUCCAGCGCGCUCGUGUGGGCCGGAGUAAUUUUGCCCAGGUGUGCUUCUAUCCGGGCUUUGAUGACGCCAUUUCCGGUUGCUAUGUGCGAGUGAACAUUGGGCCGAACCGGGACACCGGCCUUAAUGAGUAUCGGAUUUGCCUGAUCAAGAGGUUCACCGAGGGGCGACCAUAUGGAAUGGAAGGAGCCAACGGGCGUACGUUUGCUACGAACCAGUACGCCGUGCUCGCCCAUGGCAAGUCUGAACGCGAGUUCCCCUUUGUGGCUUGCUCGGACUCCCCCUUUACCGAGACGGAGUUCAAUCGAUACCGCCAGACUAUGAUCGUGGAGGAUUGUAAGAUGGCUACCAGGUCGAUGCUGCUGGACAAGGUGGCAGAUAUCAACCGCUUGCUGAACCACAAAUUUACCAACGAGGAACUGAACGAAAAGCUGCGCAAACAAGGAUCCCUGGAUACCAAGAUGCUCUUGUUCAAGCGGAUGGAGCUCGAGAAGAAAAUCAAAUUGGCCCAAGCUGCGGGUGAUGAUGACGAAUUGGAACAAUUGCAGAAGGAGAUGGCGAGCAUGUCCACGCCAAAACCCGCCACCAGCAGCGCUCCGAAGCCGCGUGCCGAGAAGGCGUCCGAGCAUGAUCGCCUCCUGGAGCUGAACCUGCGCAAUCAGCGACUCAACUACGAAAAUGUUCGACGUGCGCAGAUCGAGGAGAGAAAGGCCAGCCGCAAGGCGGCGGCGGCGGUCGCCCGAGGAGAGACCACGGCGAAUCCUUUCCUACGCGUUCGCACCUUGGCCAAGACUCACCAUGACGCGAAUAGCACGCCCAAGUCCGAAGACACAGAAAGCCGGGAUGGGACUCCUGCCACCGGUUCCAACACGCCGUCUAAAACCGGUACCCCCAACCGAAGCAAUACUCCGUCUGGCUCCCAGACGAAGACAAACAAAGGAGGAGUUGCCACGAUCCGCCAUCGGAAUCGCGAUGAUGAGAACAUUGCUGCGUUGGAUUUGGACCUCGACAUUGAGAUCUAGGUUUUCUUUCUUUCUCGUUCUCUUUCCCCCAUUUAUUUUCUCUGUCUUCUUCUUUUUCUCCCACCACAUACGGACAAAUUAUUCCAAGGGAUUGCUGUCAGCGGCCUAGCGUGUAGGCUCACGGGGAAGUCCUAGCAGCUUGAGACGAUACUAGAGCAUCUGAUACAGCAUCGGAUCAUGCAUCUUUUGCGAUAGGAUGGUGUUUUAUUGGCGUUGCAUUAUACUUACCGUCGGGAAUGUACUAUCAAAAAUUAUAUUAUUAUAU